AUGGCCGAAUUCCGCCCUGCUCUGCUCUCUGCCUCCCUAGGCCGUGCCUGGCUUCAUGACUUCGACAAGAAGGUAGCUGAAGCCGCCAAUCAUGGCUUUGAGGGCAUCGAAGUAUUCUACGAAGACAUCGAGUACCUUGCAAAGAAGCUCCAUGAUACCGACGAGCCGACCACCGAUCACCUCCUCGCCGCCACAACCCACAUCCGCAAGGUCCUCGAUGACCUGAAGCUGACCGUUAUCGGCCUACAGCCAUUCCUCUUCUACGAAGGCCUACUAGAUCGCGAACAGCACGCCCGCCUAAUUGAGAAGAUCAAGGUGUGGUUCAAGCUCGCUAAGAUCCUCGGCACGAACACCAUCCAGAUCCCAGCCAGCUUCCUUCCCGCGGAGAAGCUGACGGGCGAUAUGGACGUCAUCGUCGGUGACCUCGUCGAGCUCGCGGACUUGGGGUUAAAGGAAGACCCACCGAUUCGAUUCGCAUACGAGAGUCUCUGCUGGAGCACUCACAUUGAUACAUGGGAAAAGUCUUGGGAGGUUGCCUGCAAAGUCGACAGGCCGAACUUUGGUCUGUGCCUCGACACGUUCAACAUCGCUGGCCGCGUGUGGGGAGACCCAGCGUCUCCAACGGGCCAGACCCCCAAUGCGGAUGCCGAUCUCAAAGAGUCGAUGGAGAGAUUAGUGCGGGAUGUCGAUUUGGCGAAAGUGUUCUACAUCCAGGUAGUCGAUGCAGAGCGUAUGGAGUCUCCUUUAGUCAAAGGUCACCCAUUCCACAUUGAUGGGAACCCGGCGCGGAUGAACUGGUCUCGGAAUGCUAGAGCGUAUAUCUAUGAGACAGACAGAGGGGCCUAUCUACCGGUGGAAGACGUGGCUCGGGUGCUGAUCGAGAAACUUGGAUAUAAGGGAUGGGUUUCGAUGGAGCUGUUCUCGAGGACCAUGUCAGAAGAGGGUGAAGGGGUACCGGCAGAUCACGCUCGCAGAGGUAUCGAGGCAUGGAAGAAGUUUGUUCAGCGAUUGGAGUUGAACAAAUGA